CCAUAACCGGUAACUGGUUUAGGGUUUUACUUUCCGCCAUCAACGGAGGACGAGAAGACUACGACGAAGAACAAAACAGUGAUAAGUGAACUGAAAUAUGGAGCAAACCCAGGAUCCGACUGAAGCCGAGAAGAGGGAUCCUGCUCCCUCUACUGCUCUUGCGUAUUUGGAUCCUCGCUAUUGGGACGAGCGAUUCUCUAAUGAAGAACACUACGAAUGGUUCAAGGACUACUCUCAUUUUCGCCAUCUCAUUCAAGCUCACAUCAAACCCAAAUCCUCUGUCUUGGAGCUGGGGUGUGGGAACUCACAGUUAUGUGAAGAACUGUACAAAGAUGGAAUUACUGAGAUAACAUGCAUUGAUCUGUCAGCUGUUGCGGUGGAGAAUAUGCGGAAACGGUUGGUGUUGAAGGGAUUUAAAGAAAUAAAAGUGCUGGAAGCUGACAUGCUGGAGCUGCCCUUUAUGAAUGAGUGUUUUGAUGUGGUUAUUGAAAAGGGAACGAUGGAUGUAUUGUUUGUUGACAGUGGUGACCCAUGGAAUCCUCAUCCCGCUACAGUGAACAAGGUCAUGGCCAUGCUUGAAAGUGUUCAUAGAGUUUUGAAACCCGAUGGCAUUUUCAUUUCAAUCACUUUUGGCCAGCCACAUUUCAGGCGUUCUUUCUUUGGCGCCCCCGAGUUUACCUGGUCUGUAGAGUGGAGCACAUUUGGUGAUGGGUUCCAUUAUUUUUUCUAUAUCUUGAGGAAGGGAAGGAGAUCAUCGGAUGGUGAAGGAUUGAGUGAGAAUUCUGAAACAACAUCUCUUUCUAUGUAUCAUGAAGAGCUUGAGAGCGAAGAUUACCUUUUCCGAACCAACAUUGAUGAUGAUGAUGAUGAUGCUUCUUGAAACUGAUUGUGGCACUUUUUGUUUCCUCCUUCGAUUUCUACCCAGGUGUAUAAUCCUCCAUGAAUUCUGCUUCAUGAGGAGGAGUUGGAUAAAGUUAAUAUAAUCUUGUAGAUUUAUGUACAAGUACAAUGGAACAAGUGCUUUUGUGGUGCUUCUUCCAUUGCAAGUUUUUGCCUUAAUCUAUUGUUCAGAUUUUGUACUAUGAUGACUCUGCCUCUAAAGAGCAGUUGCAUCAUCUGUAAACUGACGCAAGUAGCUAAAAUGGAGGCUCAAAAGGACAGAUUUGAAUAACACCUCAGCUCGAAGGGGCAGAUUUGAAUGAAA